ACGCUUUCCAGCCGCACGACCAGUUGCACUUGUGAUGUCGACGAGGUAGCAAUAGCCAUUUGAAGUUGACUCGUUAGUGUUUUAAGGAGGAGAACUAGUAGGAAGUUCGUGGUUCCGUAGUGAAGUACCAGACACAAGCCCAUCACAGAGAGAGAGGCCCAAGUGUGUCGAAGCGAUUCCCAAGGGGAGAGCCCCGCAAGAAGGAGAAACUACUGGACUGUGUUGUUUUUUGUUUUUCGAAGUUUCCAAUAAGGGUCUUCCAAGGCUAUCCUCGGACAGCAGUUGCGUCUGAAAAGCAACCGACCAAGGACAGCCGAACCGAGAGAUCCCAACGUUAUCGUCGAUGCGCUGAGAUCCAGACAAAUAGCGGCACGUACAUAAAUGCUACUGAAAACAAAAAAUAAAACAAGUCAGUGUCCUUUGAGCGUCGGUGACUGCCGCAAGGAGGGACGAAUCGUGUAAACUGCAUCGCAAGAAACUACCGAAGAACAAGUAGAAGAAAAAUAUGUUUUAAGUGAUUUCAAUCCAAGCAAGCCACGCGUAUACGAUCACAAGUUGUAUGAUUGAGUGUAUAGAACCGAGAGUAGAAACCGCCUAGCAACAACGAAGCAAACGCAGUGUGAUAGUUGUUCUUUCUCAAGCCAAACGGUGAUUCUGGUUUGGUUGUAACUAAAUCUAGAAACAAAAAGCAAACGGGAAACACAAAAAACAAGUGGUCGUUGUAAUAACUGUUUACAAAACUUCCAAGCCUACUCUGUGAGCGCUGAAAUAGUUGUUAUUAAUACAUCAUAUUCAUGGCCUGCUGUCUGAGAAGAGGCGUUGGCGCUUAUCACGAAGACUCUUGCUAGACGACUACGACGAUUGCAGCAGCAUACUGGAAGAGAGAGACCACAAACCGGCACCCUUUCUACCGAGUGUACAUACUUUGUGUUGUUUUUUUAUAUAUAAACUGUAUUGUUCGGCUUCCCACACGCUAUUAAUAACUGGUACUGGCUUGAUUCGCGUUGACCCUUGACACCAACCCCGCGAGUGACUGCCGGUCUCGUUUUGAAUGUGUACUUUGGAACUCUACUGGAUCGAUUUCAUUUUCAUCUUCAACAAAAACUGCUCCAAGUCAGUCGGGCUGACGUAUCGCUGGAUCAUUUUUCUUUGCUGCCGAUUGAUCAACGAACAAAAACCUAAAGAUGCAAUCCAGUUCGAUCAACCUGUUCAGAGCCCUUCUGAUCGUUGCGAUGCAGUUGGCUCUGCUUUCGCUUUUCGUCGGUCGAGCCCACAGUUCGCCGCUGGCCUCUCCGGGUUCCGGUAGCAAUGCAGAUGGACUAUUACAUCACACCCGUUCCCGGUACUGCGGCCGAAAGCUGACCGAAACGCUGGCCCUUCUGUGCCAAGGCCGAUACCCGAUGAUGAGCCAUCACCGCUCAGAAUACCUCUCGGACCAGCCGCAGGCGCAAGUCGAGGUCGAAGUGGCUACCCUGCCGGACAGCGGUAGUCACGGUUUUCCGUUCUCCCGGUCGACCGGUCACCGACGGGUGCGCCGGGGCGGAAUCUACGACGAAUGCUGCAAGAAAAGCUGUUCGUACGCCGAACUCAAGAGCUACUGCGAAUGAUGUCGAGUUCAGCAGUUGUUCGCGUUCGGUACCGUGGUGCCGCAGCAAGAUGGGACUCCGCCACCGCCUGACGGGGGUUCCAUCCGCUCUGGGUACGGGAGUGCCCGAGAGCGAGAACGUGGCAGACGGCGACAGACAGUGGCAACAGAAGCGGUAGCAGCAGUUUGAUGAGUGCCCCUGGCCAGAGAAGGAGAUAGAGGCGCCAUCUGGCUCCGGGUGGCGGACUGUUUGGGUAUCUCAGGCACUCCGCCACCCGCUCGGAAAAGCAACCACAAAAAUACAUGUGUAUUCGAUAUUUUUUUAUUUAAUCUUUUUUUUUCUUACAAAACGUCAACAUCGGUGUUAAAGGCCAUAACUAGCUCGUAGGUAGACCAUUAUACAAAUUUAAAAAUGAACAAUGUAUUGACGCAGUGCCUCCCUUGGAAAUCGUCCGGGAACAGUUGAGGUAGAGUUGUCAAGAACAACUAAAGCAUAAUGUGACUGAAGUAUUUAAAACCUCGGUAACUUUAAAUAUUGCUCUUACAAAGCCGAGCGGUUCUGAGGAUGCUUAAUCUCUAUUAUACGUACAAUUUUACCACGACUACUUGUAGAGGGUUUUUUAUUAUGUACCAAUCGCUAUAUUUGCCACUUUUUAAGCCCUGAUUUAUAUUUUUAAUGAUAUGUACAAAAUAAAAGAUAAACAAUCUCCAAUA